CUUGAACUUUCCAGGAUAUUGCGAAAGAAUUCACUUUUCUCAGUCAUAAUUACACGGUUCUUCGUGGUCGUCCUCACGGCGGCUGCCGUCAAUCAGUGGAAGUGCACCUGCUGCCCGCCCCGGGGACAGAGUACAUGCAGUCACAUUACGUGGAUAUUUUUCACAUCCGUUCACGCUUCUCCGACCUCGCGCAAGGAACUCAGUUUAUUGGAAUCGUGCCUCAGUUGUCCCUCACAAUUUCUCUCGCACCACGAGCAAAGAAAUGCGGCGUGUGCCCCAUGUGUAGUCCAUACCAUGUGAAAAAAUAUAUCUGAAGGACUGGCGGCCCCGAGCCUUUCCAUCGCCGUGACCCUGAACGCGGCCUCAAAAGCUCCUUGGGUAGCCAACGCAAACUCAGCGAAUCUGGCGCUGCAUGGCCUGAAAAGGAGGGUUGCAGCAAGUCGCACUGAUUUCCCGUGCCUGCGUAUGUGGAGGUGAACCAUUGCGAGUCAAAGGAGACUGCCAGUCAGACACGGCAAUCGUUUACAUGCAUUAAAGGCAUGCAGCAACGAUGUCGAAGGCACGCCCAGGAAGUUCGGGCACGAAUGCCCUGCCCAGCAAAGAACAAUCACUUUUCAAAAACCUGGUGUAUCUGUAUGAGCACAAGCAUUUCAAGAAGGCCAUCAAACAGGCGGACUUGAUUCUGAAAAAGUGCCCUGAUCAUGGAGAGACGUUGUCCAUGAAAGGUUUGGUCCUGUCAAAUAUGAAACCGGAGAACAAGCAAGAGGCGUACGAGCUUGCCAAGCGAGGCUUAAGAUGCGACUUGAAAAACUACGUGUGCUGGCAUGUCUUGGGACUGAUAUAUCGUGCAGACAAGGACUACUUUGAGGCUGCCAAAUGUUUUACUCAAGCGGUCCGGUUGAGCCCUGGGAACUUUCAGAUUUUGAGAGAUCUGAGCAAUCUUCAGAUCCAUGAAAGAAACCUGGAGGGUUUCCGAGAGACUCGGAGGCAAAUUCUGGCCACCCGUUCACAGUUCAUUAGGGAGUGGACGGCGUUUGCUCUUGCAAACCACCUGUGCGGCUCCCUCGACGUGGCGCACGACCUGCUGUCGGAAGUUGAAAAACAGUUUGAAGAUGCCAGGGACAUGGAUUCGUUUGACAAAAGCGAGAUCAUUCUGUACAGUGCUUCAAUCCUGGAGCAAGCUGGACGGUUUGAGGACUGCAUGAAAUAUUUAAAGGAGCGAGAAGAAAAAAUCACGGACAAGAUGUCGAUGCUGGAGAUGCAGGGGCGUCUCGCCUUGCACUGCGGUCACCGCGAAGAAGCUCGAAAAGUCUAUUCCGCCUUGUUCAAGCGCAACCAGGACAACGACAUCUACGCCCUUUGCCUGCUUGCAUGCAGUGAAGAUCCACAGCUGUCCCGAUUGUGCAAGCUCCCGAUCUCUGAUUCGGCCAAUGGCGGGUUGAAUGAGCAAGGCGUUUGCGUUGAGUUGUUGCCAGGAUGCCUGGCGUCGACAGGAGAAGGCCGAGCAGGGUGGUUACCUUCUGCAGAAACCCGUAAAGCUCUCAGACGUCUCGCCCACCUCGACAAGAAUGUAAUUCCUUUUACCGGAUGGAAACGGAAGCGAAACAGCACACCAUCGCCGCUCUUCGUAGUCACGCGCAUUCCGACAGAUGCCGAACAGGAUCGGCUUAUCAGCUUCUUUGAUUGCCUCAAAUCAGAGUACGGGAAAGUGUGCUCGUUGCCGUCGUUCUUAGUUCUAUCGUUUCUUACCGGAGAUCGCUUCCAGUCCCGUCUGGACGCGUUCCUUCGGCCUGCCCUCCGCAAGGGUGUCGUCUCCCUGUUUUCCUUGCUCCGUCGUCUGUACACUCCAGAUCGCAUUCCCUUGAUUACUGCUCUGCUCGAGUCCUACGUCUACCACUUGGAACAGGACGUGUCGACAUUCGGGCCUGUCGGCGGGUCUUUGGUCGAGAACGGUGUCUACUCUUCGCGGUGGGAGAAGCGGGAGGACGGAGCCGCCAACGCGGUCGAGUCGUUCCUCGAAACCCCCGGUUCGAAGAGUAAAGAACGCGAGGGAGAGAUGCCCAUGUGCCUCCUGUACGCCUCCAUGCUCCUGGCGCAACACUACGACUUCCUGGGCAAGACCGAGAAGGCUCUAGCCGUUAUCAACAAGACUAUCAAACACACACCCACUUUGGUGGACUUGUAUCUGGUCAAGGGCCGCAUCUACAAGCACGCCGGUGCCUACAAAGAAGCGUGCGAGUGGCACGAGAUGGCGAGAAGUCUCGACUUGGCUGACAGGUUCCUCAAUACCAAGGCGUGCUGCUACCUGCUCCGCGAGGGUCGAGCGGAAGAGGCCGAAGCGGUGGCGAAGCUCUUCAGCCGCCAGUCCGACGCGGACGGCUUGCACAGCAUGCAGUGCAUGUGGUUCGAGCAGAAGACAGGCAAGUGUCACCUGAGGAAUAAUGCUGUUGGGCCGGCGCUGUACGAGUUCAAUGCGGUUUUGAAGCAUUUCCGGGACAUCCGCGAGGAUCAGUUCGACUUCCACCCCUACUGCCUCCGGAAGUUCGCCUACCGAGCCUACAUCUCGUUUCUGAGGAUGCAGAACAAGCUCACAUCUCAUCUCUUUUUCCGUCGGGCCGCGCGCCGAUACGUCCGCACUUUCCUGGCGCUGCAUGACGGCGAGCUCGACUUGGCUGCGGUCCGGGCACGGGCGGCGGAGGCGCAUGCAGCCGACCAGAAGGCGGAGGCAAAGAAGAAGAAGAAUCGGCAAACUGCACAGAACGGGCCUGCGACGGAAGCGGGCAACAAGGAUGACUCCUCGGGCGCAAAAAUCCUUGAAAACGUCCCCCUGGAAGCCGCCAGCAAGGUCGUAGAGCAGCUGCUCGAAUCCUCGGCAUCCGACGAACACACACAUGUCCUUCACUACCACGUUGCUGUCCGGAAGGCGAAGUCGCUGGCAAUGCUCCUGCCGAUCCUCCGACUGUGGAGAUUGGCUGGGAAGGACAAACUGACGCCUCGUCUCGUUCCACUUCUCCUCCACUUCUGCAGGACAGCGACCUUGGAGGACAUGCCGUACGUGGAAAUGGCGAAAGAAGCACUUGGAGAGAUUUUCGGCUCUCAACUCGAGAACACAACCGCGCUACGAGCAGCAGGCGAAUCGUACUGGCAAUCCGUCCUGGACGCAUGCGGACAGAAUCCGUGGAAUUUCCGCAUUCGACGGGCAGCUGUUGAGGCGCUGGCAUUCACCCAACAGCCGAUUACGCCAGAUCUCCCGUUCCUCGCCUUCCAGCCUUUCCCUGCGGGAGUGAGUGAAGACGUUCUCAGGCUUCAGGCGGACAUGCCCACACUCCGCGAAUGCGAGAAACUUCUUGAAACUCUCUCCAGGCACGCGUCGGCGAAACCUGCAGCGGACGCUCUCAAGGCCAUCUGCAAGAAGCGAUUUGCACUCGCGAAGAACUUCUCCUAGAUCGGUUUCAAUGUCAAGUGUCGUCCCUGUUACGGGACUUUUUGUUGCCGUCAUUCCCUGUUAGCCCACCCUUUUGUUGACUGAUCUCUACACCAACACUUGAUGCUUGACAGUUUCACCUAUUUGCUGCGUUGUGAGGGAGUUUCGCUGUGGUGGCUUGCGUGUACUCUUUGCCGCAUUUGAGACAGGGUCAGCUUUCGCCGCAUGCGUGGUUUCCCGUUGUGAGUCGUUCUUAGGAACUAACUUCUCCUGACUCUGGGUUUCGACUCUCGCUUCUGAAAAUUUCUCACUAUC